UUGUUCAUUAUUUCGGCAUAUGAAGCGGAAGCACCCUACCCAGAUUAUUGCGAGGCAGACUGGAAACGUAGUAAAUGAAAAUAAUAGCGAAUCGAGACCUCCCCCUCCACAAAGUCUACAACUGCAGCAAACCAACCAGCCAACCAUUCAACCAAUUGCACGGUACUUUAAUAAGUCAAUUGCACUGAAAAAAAGGAAGAAAAAGAGAGCGAGAAAGUCGGUUUCUUCAACUCUAUUGAUAAACGCGUACUCGGAAGUAAUGGAACCGGUGAAAGAACGAUUGAAAAGGGCGUUUGCUGUUGGUUUAACAGUAGAUGGCUGGACUUCGCGAGCACAAGACCAUUUUUUCAGUGUUACUGCGCAUUACAUCGUUGACGACGACAAGCCAGCAUUUCUGGCAUCCGAUUUGCUGACUUGUAUGUCAUACACAAAUCGACAUACGGCUGUCAACAUAACUAAAAUGUUAGCAGACGUAUUGAAAGAAUGGAAUAUUGCGCAUAAAUUUACUGUCAUUGUUUGGGAUAUGAAAGCGGCUGUGCGUGGAGGAGGUGGGAGGCACUGGGGAUGUUUCGCCCAUACGUUGAAUUUAGUUGCGCAGUCUGGCUUGAAAGAAGUUGGAGUGGUUUUAGAAAAAGUGAAGGCAAUUGUGCGACUAUUUACCAAAAGCAGUUACGCCAGUUCGCAGUUAAAACAGACAAUGGAGGGUAUGCAGAUGCAGCCUCUUAAGGCUACAGUUUUGGAUCCGCGCUUCAAAAAGUUUGGAUUCAUAAACGAAUCAAAUUAUAAGACCACUGUACGGAUGCUGUACAACAAAUUCGCAAGUGUAAGAGUUCAGAGUGACAUCUCCUUAGAAAGUGACGUAGACAGGGAAGAGGAAGUAAAUCUUACUAAUAUACAAAAUCAGCGAUUAGAUAAAGUGCGGAAAGACUUUGAUGCGGAAGUUCAGCAAAAUUUAAGGCAAAAUUAAAACCAACUCGCAUCUGCAAUAGUAGAACUAGAUAAAUACUUAGCUGAACCUAUGCUGCCCAGGAAAGGAUAAGAAUGGCAAAUAUCACUGCCCAUUGCUAUGGUGGAAUCAAAGAAAACACAUUUAUCCAAGAUUAUACGAAAUAAUGAAAACGAGACUAUGCAUGCCAGCGACCUCAGUCCCUUGUGAACCAAUUUUUUCGUAUGCGGGACAAAU